GGCGAAGGCAGGCAAGCCUAGACCAGCCAAUGAGCGCUAGUAGUAGAGUCUAAUGGACGAAGCUGAACGAAAUUUCUUGGAAGGCCUAUUGGAUAUUUUAUCAGAAUUCAUCCGUUAGCAGUGUCACUCUAUUACGACGUUUUCGUGUUUCUUGUAUUUCCAGUGUUACCCUUGUGAAAUCCAGACACAUUAGUAGCCAUUCUAGAUAUCUUCGGUGUAAAUUCCAUUAAGCAUUGUCUGUUGAUCGUUUGGGAAGCUCUCAAGAAAGUCUGGGGCGAAAAGAAAAUGGCUUGUGUUACAUUGAAACGUAGCUUGGAAUUCGACCCCGUGCACAGUCCCGGUGGUCGUACCCCGAAAAGAAGAAGAUGCAUGCCUAUUUGCAUGCCUCCUACUACUCCACCAACUAAGUGCCAUGAACCUUCACCGUUUGGCGACGUUACGUCGAAAUUAACACCAGAGCAAAUUUUGGCGAACGUUCGUGAAGAAGUAAAACGCUUUCAGCGUCGUAAACAGCUAAAUUUCAGUCAUAGCCAGUCUCAUCACAUGAGUAGCCAGCAUCAAGACAGUUUGAUGUGCGAGAGCCCUACGAGUCCAGCGUCUCCUGCUUCAUGCCCUCGAUCACCUUCACCGUUAAUGGCUCUGGCUUCCUCCAAUAAUUUUGGUCAAAGCUGCUCAACUAAAGAAAAACCUUUGUUCACUUUCAAGCAGGUGAGCCUCAUCUGUGAACGAAUGUUGAAAGAACGCGAAACGGAAAUUCGCGAAGAAUAUGAUAGGGUAUUGACACUGAAACUUGCAGAGCAAUACGAUGCGUUUGUUAAGUUUACUCAGGACCAGCUACAAAAGCGUUUCGAAGCCAAUGCAGCACCAUCUUAUUUGUCAUAAGAUUCAACAGGCGCAUAAACUAAAGCUUAUUUUUUAAUAAAUUCAUUUGUUUGUUGUUUUUUUUUUUCUCGUUUCUUUCUGUUGCAAUUCACCGUAGUGAACUGCGCAAAAUUUCCUCGCUCCCUACUUUACAUAUUCCCCACGCUCUGUGCAAACGGGCAUGUAAGAGCGCGCGUAAUGUUAUCAUCCGCUUGUUUGUAUCUGUAAAGAAAAGGGAAAAUCCGCCGUAUGAUCUUCAGUGUGGUUUUGUCAUACAUUUGAAAAAUGUCGUAGCCGUGUAUUUCUUUGAAGUGAUGCUCCAAACGUUAGCAAUAGAAAACAUCCGAUUAGUUAAGAAUAAUCUCGUAUGAAACAACAUGGCUGUUGCCAAUUUAUCGUUAUGUCUGUUCUGUUCAACCGACGAGAAUUCAACCCGAGUCUCGAAGUAUUUGAAUGGAAGCAAACAGCAUUCGAAGUGAAAAGUGGACGGGUGCCAACUUCAAUCUCCUUUUUCUGCAUUGUGAAAUCAGGAGAUUCGGUCCACAGUUUACUAUCUCUCCUGCUCGGUCGAUGUCUUUAUUCUAAUCUAAUUGAAAUAACUUGGCAUUUUUAUUUCCCGUUUCUCCUAGUUUCUUUUUCAACUUUCAAGACAUUUUGAUUGCGCGGAUCGAGGAAAAACAAUACACUUGGCUACCUCUUAUAA